UGUAAAAUUGAGACUUUUGUGAACAGGGAGAACCGGUGGACCUCAACAAACCAAUAAGAAGAAGAAAUAUGUUCCUCCCAAAGAUUUCAGCUCUAUCUCAUUCUCUCUAUGCAGGUAAGUCCAGUUUAAGAGGGGGAUUCUUUGAAUUGAGUACCUUCUGUUCAUUGAGUAAAGUUCAGUUUAGCCCUAGGUCAAGAACCCAUUUACCAGUUUUCUUGAAGGGGGCCUCUUCUCACUCUAAAAUCUCAACAAAUCCACUUUCUGUUAGGGCAUUUUCUGCAACCCCAUUAGCCCAAAUGUCUUCCAAAGUGGUGGAACACACAGUCCUGUUCAAGAUCAGAGAAGGCACUGAACCUGAGAAAGUAGAUGCAAUGAUGUCUGGUUUGAGGGGCCUGACUUCUUUGGAUUCAGUCAUAUAUUUGACCACUGGACGCAUUUCUAAGAUUGAGUCCCCUUCUUUCACAUUUACCCAUGUUUUGCACAGUAGGUACCAUGAUAAAGAUGGUCUGGCUCAGUAUGCGGGGGACCCAAAGCAUGUAGCUGUGCUCAAAGAGCUCAUUCUCCCUAUCUCAGAGGAUAUAUUAGCUUUGGAUUGGGUUGCUGAUGUUGAAGGGCCUCUGUUUCCCACUUGGGAUGCUUUUCGCCUGUCAAUUUUGAAGCCUAGGGAGGGGCUAAGUGAUGAAGAAAGGGGUGAGGUUCAGAAUAUACUUGGUUACUGUAAGAAGUUCUUCCCUUCGAUCAAGCAAUUAAGCUUUGGGGAGAAUUUUACACCUGCUCGGGCAAAGGGGUUUAGUUGGGGCGUGCUUUCUUUCUUCAAUGGGUUGAAAGAAUUGAAGGAAUUGGAUGAGAAUGAAGAGUAUCUCAAGUUGCAGAAGGAGAAGGUUCGAGCUCAGAUGGAGGAUUACGUUGUUAUCGAUUAUGAGCUUGUUUCACAAGCCGACAGCCCUUGAUGGUAUGAGCAAACCAGGUUUGAAGGAACCCAAUUAAGGGAGGUCUGGUUGCAAUUCAAUAUACUUUCCCAUCACUCUGUUUUUUGAUGUUUUCCUUCUCUUUUUUGUUUUUUUGGUCCCUUACUUUGUGUCUCUCAGAAGCCAGUCUCGUUAAGGUUGACUAAUGCCAGAGGACGCGCAUGUGGCAGUUCAACUUCAAUUUUUCACCUUGAACUUUAGACUGGCCUAUUCUUAACAUAAGAAAACUGGCAUGUUAAUCUUUUUUGUAUCAACUUUUUUACCUAGAAGCGUGUUCUUUAUUAGUCUGAUAUGUGUAUGCAAUAACAGGAAUAUGUGAUCGUGUGUCAUUGUUAGGCUACAUUUUAUUUAUGGUUUUCCAGUCUGGUUUUUUCCUCCAUUGCUGUCACUACAAGGUUUUUAUUUUGUUCUAUCCUUGUCUCGUUGUGAUCACUUACUGAAGCAAUUCAAUAGUAGCAACACAAAAUUUCGGGU